AUGGAACACUCUAGAGCUCAGUACGGCAGGAGGGGGAUGAACAUGGGAAAUGUCAUUGGCGACCCCUUUGCCCUCGCAUCAAUCUCCAUUGCCAUGCUGGCGUGGGUCAUCGCGUUUAUCAGCAGCAUCGUCGCUGCGGUACAGACAAAUGAUCUCCCCAACCUUGCGUGGUGGAUCCUCGCUCUCGAAGUUGGCAUCGUCGGCGCCGUCUUCUUCGUUAUUGCCUCGGACACGAUCCAGACGUAUCACGUUGCCUUGACAGCCUACCAAACACUUGCGCUUGCCACCUUGUCUAUACUUCUUAACAGGAUCGUAUAUGAUGGUCGUGGCGCUAUGCAGGCUGCGUCUGCCGGCUAUGUCCUGCUGUCGGUUGUCAUGGCACUCUGGAUGAUUUACUUCGGCUCCGCGCCUUCGGCCUCACCACGUGCUUAUGUCGACUCCUUUGCCCUGCAAAAGGAGGGACACGGCUCACGCAACACGAUGACGUACGGCACGGGACGCCCCGAAACGUCCACUUCGGUCCAACCUCCACAGAUGUACACAUCGGCGCAGUUGAACGGUUUCGAAAACCCCUCUCCCGUCGGCGGCAUCUCGCAAUCGCAGGCGCCUCGGAACUCCGCAGUGCCGAACCUGAACUCGACUGGAGUGACGGCGAACGGCAAGCCGCCAGGCCAAGACCAGGAGGUCGGCCCGCCGACAGAGUACCCUUACCGUGCCAAGGCCAUCUACAGCUACGAGGCCAACCCUGAAGAUGCGAAUGAGAUCUCAUUCAGCAAGCACGAGAUUCUCGAGGUCAGUGAUGUCAGCGGGCGGUGGUGGCAAGCGCGGAAGGAGAGCGGCGACACAGGUAUCGCGCCAAGCAACUACCUGAUCUUGCUAUGA